AUGGGAGAGGGAAAGUUGGUACCGCAGGGCCCUGACAGUAUGGCUUGUGUAGUCAGAAGGUGCUCCCAGCGGAAGUCCUUGAAAAUGACACCGAAAACCUUAGAUUUGGUGCUGGGUUGGGGUAAUGGAUAUUUUUCUCUGUCAACAAAAUCCACACCACUUUCUAAGAAGUCUGUUGAGAAUAAAAGACCAUGCCUUGAAUUCUCUAAGCUAACUGUAAAGGAUUCCUUAAAAGAACUGUUUAUUCCUAGAUUAAAGAUAAGCCUAAUGCUGUAUACAAGGAACAACUUCAACUGUGCUAAAUCACUGUUUGAGCAAAAUAACUCACUUAAUAUUAAUUUCAACAUACACAAAAAAACAGUCUGGCUUAUUCAUGGAUACAGGCCGAUGGGCUCCACACCAUCAUGGCUUCAUAAUUUUGUAUGGAUUUUGCUGAAUAAAGAAGACAUGAAUCUAGUUGUCGUCGACUGGAACCAGGGGGCUGCUACUUUUAUUUACAACAGAGCAGUAAAAAACACCAGAAAAGUUGCUGUGAUUCUAAGUAGGUACAUUCAGAACCUUUUGAUGCGAGGAGCAUCUCUUGGCAAUUUUCAUUUCAUAGGUAUGAGUUUAGGGGCUCAUAUCUGUGGUUUUGUUGGAAAGAUAUUUCAUGGUGAACUCGGAAGAAUAACAGGUCUUGAUCCUGCAGGGCCAAAAUUUUCUGGUAAACCAUCAAACAGCAGGCUGGAUUACACUGAUGCGAAGCUCGUGGACGUCCUCCAUUCUGAUGCCCACGGUUUGGGCAUUCAAGAGCCAUUGGGACAUAUAGAUUUUUAUCCGAAUGGAGGAAUAAAACAACCUGGCUGUCCUACAUCAAUUUUUUCAGGAAUAGAAUACAUUAAAUGCAACCACCAGAGAGCAGUUUAUUUGUUCAUGGCAGCUUUGCAAACAAACUGCAGUUUUGUUUCAUUUCCUUGUCAUUCAUACAGAGAUUACAAGACUAGUUUAUGCGUCGACUGUGGCAGUUCUCAGAACAACUCGUGCCCUAGGUUAGAUUUUUAUGCUGAGCAAUGGGAAGAGAGUUCAAAAAUGAGAAUUCAAAGAUGGCCUCUCAGGAUCACUGCAUUUUUUGAUACCAAUGACAAGUACCCUUUUUGUGCCUAUUAUUUUGUUCUCAGCAUAAUUGCUCUGGAUGAAAGUAUGAAUAGUGGCUAUAUUUCACUCAAAUUAUUAAACCACCUCGGAAUGGCUGAACAUUCAAUACUCUAUGAGAAGAGCAAACCAUUUUAUAAACUUCAAGAAGUCAAGAUUCUUGCUCAAUUUUUAAAUGAUGUUGGAAAUAUAUCUAGAAUUGUUUUGAGAUAUUUCCAAAAUUCAAAUUUCCACUGUUCCACAAAUAAACAUAGGAUCCAGCGUCUCAUGUUAAAAUCACUAACAUAUCCAGAAAGACCACCACUUUGCAGCUAUAAUUUUGUACUUAAGGAAUCAGAGGAAUUGUUUCUGAAACCUGUCACAUGUAUAAAGAAGAUUUAA